CUAGCCCCGCACAAUUUUGUAUAUGGCCAGCUAAACGUCCUUCUCUCUCUAAAACUUGAUUCUCUCUCCUAAGCUCUUUCCUCUCUCUCUCUCUCUCUCUCUCUUAGAAAGAGAUGGCUGACCGGAAAGCUGAAGUGAAUGGCAUUUCCGGCCAAACCCAGAAAACUAUUGCAGACUUUGACCCUCCCAAAAGACCCAGAAAGAACAUCUUUGCUAUUGCUUGUGCUGUUUUAGCUUCCAUGACUUCCAUCUUACUGGGUUAUGAUAUUGGUGUAAUGAGUGGAGCAGUCAUUUUCAUCAAAGAGGACCUGAAAAUCAGCGACGUGAAAGUCGAAAUCCUCACCGGAAUCCUCAACCUUUACUCCCUUCUCGGCUCCGCUGCCGCGGGGAGAACCUCCGAUUGGAUCGGGCGCCGCUACACCAUCGUCCUCGCUGGGGCGAUAUUCUUCGCCGGCGCUCUCCUCAUGGGGUUCGCCACCAACUACGCCUUCCUCAUGUUCGGCCGCUUCGUCGCCGGCAUCGGCGUCGGCUACGCCCUCAUGAUCGCCCCCGUCUACACCGCCGAGGUCUCCCCGGCCUCCUCCCGCGGCUUCCUUACCUCAUUCCCUGAGGUAUUUAUCAACGCCGGAAUCCUCCUCGGCUACGUAUCAAACUACGCCUUCUCGAAGCUCCCCACCUACUUGGGAUGGCGUCUGAUGCUCGGCGUCGGCGCCAUCCCCUCCGUAAUGCUGGCCGUCGUCGUGCUCAUCAUGCCAGAGUCUCCCCGUUGGCUUGUCAUGCAGGGCCGUCUCGGCGAGGCCAAGCGCGUCCUCGACAAAACCUCCGACUCCCUCGAAGAAGCCCAACUCCGCCUCUCUGACAUCAAACAAGCCGCCGGAAUCCCUGAACACUGCACCGACGAUGUCGUCCAAGUCAGCAAGCGCUCCCACGGCGAGGGCGUCUGGCGGGAGCUUUUACUCCAUCCAACUCCGGCCGUCAGACACAUUCUCAUCACCGCCAUCGGAAUCCACUUUUUUCAGCAGAUCUCCGGCAUAGACGCCGUCGUUUUGUACAGCCCGAGAAUCUUCGAGAAGGCCGGGAUCACCUCCUCCGACAAGAAGCUCCUCGCCACCAUGGCCGUCGGAUUCGUCAAGACGCUCUUCAUCCUGGUCGCUACUUUCCUCCUCGACCGGAUCGGACGGCGGCCGUUGCUCCUCAGCAGCGUGGGCGGCAUGAUCUUCUCCCUCGCGUCGUUGGGAAUCGCGCUGACGGUUAUCGACCACUCUUCGGAGAAGCUGAUGUGGGCGAUUGUGCUCUGCAUCGCGAUGGUGCUUGCCUACGUGGCGUUCUUCUCGAUCGGGUUGGGGCCCAUCACGUGGGUCUACAGCUCGGAGAUCUUCCCGUUGAAGCUACGCGCGCAGGGCGCGAGUAUGGCAGUGGCGGUCAAUAGGGUGACGAGUGGGGUCAUCUCGAUGAGUUUUAUUUCUCUGUAUAAGGGGAUCACGAUUGGUGGGGCCUUCUUUCUGUUCGCGGCUCUUGCUGUGGUUGCUUGGGUGUUUUUCUAUACAUUGCUUCCGGAGACGCAGGGUAGGACCUUGGAAGAUAUGGAGGUCCUUUUUGGAAAAUUCUUUAAGUGGAGGUCCGCUAAUGAAAUUUUGAAGAAUAACAGCAUGGGCAAGGAAGUCAACGGCCAAGAUAAUAAUAAUGCUAAAGCUAACGGUCAUAUUCAGUUGGGAACUACCAAGGACCAAACUAAGUAGAUGUUAAAUAUAUUAUUAUCUUGUGAUAAAUAUAGUUGGCUUUUUUUUUUUUUUUUUU